GCAGCCAGCGUGGGCGGGGCCGGCGCCCGUGUCAUGGAGCGGCCCUCGGGAGCGGGCGCCCUGGUGUCUGUCAUCCUCCCGGUGCACAAUGCCGAGCUGUGGCUGGACGAGUGUUUGCAGUCCGUUUGGCAGCAGGACUUCGAAGGCCCCAUGGAGCUCUCUGUGUUUGAUGAUGCCAGUCAGGACAAGUCUAUGGCUAUCAUUGAAAAAUGGAAGGUGACACUUGAAAGUUCUGGUAUCCUUGUGAUCAUUGGAGGACACAGUGCUCCUUCCCCUCGGGGAGUUGGAUAUUCAAAAAAUCAAGCAAUAGCACAGAGCUCAGGAUCUUUUCUCUGCUUUUUGGAUUCGGACGAUGUGAUGAUGCCUCAGAGGGUGAGGCUGCAGUACGAAGCAGCUGUCCAGCACCCAACAAGUAUUAUCGGUUGCCAAGUGAGGAGAGACCCCCCUAACUCCACUGAGCGGUACACACGCUGGAUCAAUGAGCUCACCCCACACCAGCUUCUCACCCAGGUCUUCACCUCCAAUGGCCCAACCGUAAUCAUGCCCACCUGGUUCUGCUCUCGGACGUGGUUUUCCCAUGUGGGCCCAUUUGAUGAGGGUGGGAGGGGCGUGCCUGAGGACCUGCUUCUCUUCUACAACCACCUCAGAAAGGGCGGUGGAGUCUUCCGCGUGGACCGCAGCCUCCUCCUCUACCGCUACCACCUGAGCGCAGCCACACACUCCGUCCUUGAGACCACCAUCUGGAUCCACCGCGUCCGCUUUCUGGAGGAGCAGGUCCUGCCACACUGGAAGGCCUUCACCAUCUGGAACGCCGGCAAGCAGGGACGCCGGCUCUACCGAAGCCUCACAGCUGAGUCCCGAAACAAGGUGGCCACUUUCUGUGAUGUGGAUGAGAACAAGAUCAAAAAGGGCUUCUACUGCUACGAGGACUCUCAGGAAAGGCCCAAGCCCCGGGUUCCGAUCCUGCACUUCCGAGCUGCCCGGCCGCCCUUUGUGAUCUGUGUGAAGCUGGUGAGUGUGGCACUGUGGCCAAGGGGUAACUUGCUGUCCAGCAAGGACACACACUGGCUGUGGGAGGACCUGUUUGUGUUCAGGCUGACGCAAGUUCCCUUACAACUUGAAGAAACAAACAGUGUACACUGUGGUUUGCUGUGAGCUCUGGAGAGAGCCCCUCUCAUAUCCAGGGUUACUGCUUGGCAUGAGGUCAUGGCUGGGGUGUCUCCUGGAGUGCCAUCUGC